CCCUCAGUCACCCCCCCUCAGUCACCCCGCCCUCAGUCACCCCGCCCGCCGUCACCCCCUCCGCUGCCGUCACCCCCUCCGCUGCCGUCACCCCCUCCGCUGCCGUCACCCCCUCCGCUGCCGUCACCCCCUCCGCUGCCGUCACCCCCUCCGCUGCCGUCACCCCCUCCGCUGCCGUCACCCCCUCCGCUGCCGUCACCCCCUCCGCUGCCGUCACCCCCUCCGCUGCCGUCACCCCCUCCGCUGCCGUCACCCCCUCCGCUGCCGUCACCCCCUCCGCUGCCGUCACCCCCUCCGCUGCCGUCACCCCCUCCGCUGCCGUCACCCCCUCCGCUGCCGUCACCCCCUCCGCUGCCGUCACCCCCUCCGCUGCCGUCACCCCCUCCGCUGCCGUCACCCCCUCCGCUGCCGUCACCCCCUCCGCUGCCGUCACCCCCUCCGCUGCCGUCACCCCCUCCGCUGCCGUCACCCCCUCCGCUGCCGUCACCCCCUCCGCUGCCGUCACCCCCUCCGCUGCCGUCACCCCCUCCGCUGCCGUCACCCCCUCCGCUGCCGUCACCCCCUCCGCUGCCGUCACCCCCUCCGCUGCCGUCACCCCCUCCGCUGCCGUCACCCCCUCCGCUGCCGUCACCCCCUCCGCUGCCGUCACCCCCUCCGCUGCCGUCACCCCCUCCGCUGCCGUCACCCCCUCCGCUGCCGUCACCCCCUCCGCUGCCGUCACCCCCUCCGCUGCCGUCACCCCCUCCGCUGCCGUCACCCCCUCCGCUGCCGUCACCCCCUCCGCUGCCGUCACCCCCUCCGCUGCCGUCACCCCCUCCGCUGCCGUCACCCCCUCCGCUGCCGUCACCCCCUCCGCUGCCGUCACCCCCUCCGCUGCCGUCACCCCCUCCGCUGCCGUCACCCCCUCCGCUGCCGUCACCCCCUCCGCUGCCGUCACCCCCUCCGCUGCCGUCACCCCCUCCGCUGCCGUCACCCCCUCCGCUGCCGUCACCCCCUCCGCUGCCGUCACCCCCUCCGCUGCCGUCACCCCCUCCGCUGCCGUCACCCCCUCCGCUGCCGUCACCCCCUCCGCUGCCG